AUGUCUGGAAACAAUCGAAGACUCGAAUUCGAAUACUCAGACCUCCCAAAGUCAUACCAGCUGAUGCUUAUGUUUGAGCCUAUGGCAGAAGGCAAAGUAUACACCGAGAUGUUCCCUACAUGUUGGAAGGUUCUCAGGCUGAUCAAAGAAGUUUCUGGGGUAGCCAAAGCAAUUUAUACAUCGGAUACUGGGUUCAUGGUACCACAGACCGAUUGCGGAAAUAUCAUUUGCGCUGGUACUGCGCGCCCAUGUGAGAUGGGCCAAUUAUGUACUGUGAUGACCGACAAUGAUGGAGACAACUACCUCGAGCAAGCUACAACCGGCGCAAAGGGAAUCAUCCAGUGCAAAGUCGACAGCUCACUCCCUGCCACCGUUGCAUUUGGAAUCUUUAACACAGAAAAGACGGCCUUCGAGCCGUUGUUUACCUGGAGAGACAUACCGAAGGGAGACAAACUUUCGAUCAAGGUUACCCCAGUUCUCAAGAUCUACGCAGUCAGCAAUUACCAAGAGACCGAGGUGGUCAGAUCCGAUGUUGUCAGCAACCUAUUGUUUAGAGAGGACAUACUCAAUCUUCCCGCUGUAUCAAGGUGGACCGUCUCAGUGGACAGUAAUACCAAGUCCAUUCAGAUCGCUCGGGCCUUACAAUGA